CUUGGCGGCCCAUCGCUGUGUGACUCGAUGGCUUCCAAGUACCGGGCGAAAUUGAACGUCGACUGAACUCACCCAAUCUGGGGAUUGCUUGCACGCGGCAUAAACAUGGCGUGCAUGGCCCGGUUGGUGGGAUCGGUCAUGGCCAUGGCCCCCCUUGUUCUUCAAAGUCUUCGAGACAAAAGGUUGGCCAAGUCCCGGGCGGCCAAAUUGGUCUACCUUCGCUGUGUAACCCUACCUAGAUAUCGAGUUCCCAAUGGGCGGCCCGGCACGCGUUUGGCGCAAGCCAGUGGCCGGAGCUUAUCUCAUAAUAGGGGAGGUGCAAUGGAUCGCCAGGGGACUCUACCGGAGCGGUGGUCACGAUCGGGAAGGAAGUUCCCCCCUUGAUCAAGGUCGCAUUUCGUGAUCACGGGCAAACGGGCCGUGGCCAAGCCAAUCUCGGCUUGCAAACUGACCUUCCACAAUCCGACAACACGGCCGGGUAUCAGAUGGCUGAGGCCUGCCCCUAGGCGCGUGAGGACGGGGGGAGUGCUAGGCGCACGAGGGCGGGCAUAUAAGUCCACGAUGCCUCCCCGUCACUGUCCUCGUGUAGAAGAGAGC